AUGGAUAUUUUUAAUCGCCCCCCAACGAUCUCGGACGAUACUUUGCAGUACACGCUCUACCCUCCCGCCGAGCUUGCGGACCAUGUUUCUGUGACCUCUUUUGCAGCAUGCAUCCCAUCCUUCGUAGAAACUCUGCUUCCGCCCAGUUUUAUCUGGCACAAGGAUUCAUUCGAACUCAGGGCAGUCCCCGAUCCUGACGUCGCGAACCGAUGGCGUCUGAAGGGCAGGAUGCGCGUCGGAGACUGCGUUGACGAUGAGUGGUGUGUAGUUUGGCUAUUCAAAGAGAUCAGUGCGAAGUGGGAUCUAGCAAUUAGCGUCUUUGAUUCUGAUGGUGAAUUCCUGCUAAUUGAAGCAGCUGAAGGCCUGCCGAAAUGGGUAACCCCAGGCAACUCAGAAAACAGGGUCUGGAUCUACGGCUCACGCCUUCAUCUUAUUCCUCUCUCACACAUCUCCCCGCCUUUUAGACCGCGCAAGCGCAGACGUUCGCACGACAGGGACGACGAGGGGACCGCAGGCAUUGCUGGAAGCGAUGAUGAAGGGUGGAUCGCCGUCGAAGAUGCGCUCAAGUUGAUCUUUGACCGUAACGUCAAUACCCUAGCACCUCCAGAGGUUGAGAGACUUGUCUGGAAAAGGAUAUCAAGUUAUCCAGCCGCAGCCAAGAACCAUAUGCAUACGACAAAGGCGUGGAUACCUGUAGACAUUGCUAGAGCUCUUUCUGUUGAUGCGUCCCUCGUUCAGAAGGCGGUAGAAGCUUUCUAUACCAGAGACGCUACGCAGUUGCGUGCUGCACACAAAAUGAGCCGCUUCCCUCCAGAAUCCUCGGUGCUCACUUUGGUGAAAAUGACUCGAACGGCAUAUGCCCAGCUAGUGGGACAAAAAUUCUAUCCACCGAAAAUAUUCGGUCGGUGGAACGAGAAGGAAGGGACACCGGAACGAAGGUGGCGCGAGGUCGGCAUGAAACUGGCCUGCGGUUUCGAAAUGCUCUACCAGGAGACUAAGAAAAUUCUUCCUACUCAAGGUUUGCGUCAGGUCGAAGCGUAUAAGUCAACGUUGGAUGGCAACCCGGCCUACAUGAAGUACAUCGACAACCUCAAGAAUAGCUCGUACUUCAGAGGCGAAGCAAAAGGCUCGGCGCUGUGGAAAGAACUUGAGAAGAAGGCUGCCGAUGUCUACGUCCUGACAUUCCGAUUAGAGCCCUCCAGGCCGACCUUCGCUUCUUCUUUGACAAAAGCCCUAUCGCAGUCAUCGGACACGGUGCCAGCUGUACAAUCAGGCGAAGAUCUAGAUGACUGGCUGAUUAUCGACUCGGAUAGCUUUGAUCAGAUACUUGAGCGUUCCAUGAGUGGCAACAAGGCCAAGGAUGACACCGCUAUGGAUGUCGAUUCAGGUGGCAUUACCGCCGAAGAUCAACUAGCAAACGAACAAGCGGCGAAAUUACGUAGUCUAGCCACGAGGGUGGAGGAAUUUGUCGAGGGCCAAGGCGACCUCGAGGGAGCUCGCUUUGCAGACGAGGCAUCCGAUGACGAAGAAUUCAGCGAUGGAAUGCCCGAUAAAGUCAGAGAUACGGAUAAUCGUGAAGAUGCUGCACACAGGCAGGCUGCGAUGGAUAAUCUGGUACCUGGGAUCCUUCCUUCGGAAUACGGAAAAAUGCCAGCGUCCUUUCAUAGCAACUCACAGAGGGUCGCGCGGGCAUCGCAUGAUGGAGAUACAGAGGGAGAUACGGACCCACGGGGUGCUGCAGGACGGACGCCGGAAGGCAGGCAGACGCCCAUACGACAACCUAUCAUACCUCGCGACCAGUACGAUGGGGUCGUAGAUUCGGAUGAUGAAACCGACGAAGAGGAAGAAGAGGAAGAUGAAGAGGAUCAGCCGCAGCUGGUGGGCGACAUCGAAGUCGACAUGGACGAGGAGGAAGAGGAGUUCCUCGAAUUCGCUAGACAAACCCUAGGAAUCAACGAUGAACAAUGGGAGAGUAUAAUUAAGGAUAGGACUGAUCGGGGCGCCUUCGUUCCCACCAGCGCGAGAGAUUUACCGACCGUUAAUAAAUCGAGUCAGACGACCCCCCGGACUGUGAAGGAGGGGAAUGGAAGGACGUCAACCUCGGAACAGCGCCCAAACUCGAAGCUCGACUCCUUCGACGCUGUAAUGCAGGCGCUCGACGUAGAACUUUCUCGCUCCGGCAAUAAAUCAACCGCAUUGCCUCCUAGACAGCACACAGCAGCUGAAAAGGGGAAAGGAAAGGAGCGUACUGAAUUCUCGCCAGCGUCUGGGCUUGAUAAAAUAAUGGAAGGCGCCGAAAGCGAGUAUGAGAAUGAAGACAUCGAGAAGGCGAUGGAAGCGGAACUCAAGGCUGCCCUAGAAAAAGAGGGUGAUGGCGAGGGAGAUGGUGACUCUGAAGGCGACGGUGGCAUGGACUACAAUUUAAUCAAGAAUUUCUUGGAGAGCUUCAAGAGUCAGGCGGGGCUCUCGGGCCCUGUGGGGAAUCUCGCGGGGCGACUACAGCAUGGGUGGCUGCCCAGGGACGAGACAUAG